AUGUCCGCCCCAACACCAGACCCGACCCCGGCCCCGGUCCCCCCCGCCGCCCUCGAGGCCGACCCGGCCCCCACAACCGGGACCCCCGCCGCCGACCCGAACACCGACGACCCCGACAACUCCGACUCCGACUCCUCCCUCGGCGUCGAGCUCCAAUCCUCCACCGCCUCCCUGCGCUCUUCCAUCCUCCAGUACCGCCACGAGAACGGGCGCACCUACCACGCCUACAAAGACGGGGCCUACCUCAUCCCCAACGACGAGACCGAGUCCGACCGCCUCGACCUGCAGCACCAUCUCUUCCUGCUCACCCUCGACGAGCGCCUGCACCUCGCGCCUCUCGACCCCGCCAAGCCGCCGCAGCGCGUGCUCGACAUCGGCACCGGCACCGGCAUCUGGGCCGCCGACUUUGGCGACCUGCACCCGUCCGCGACCAUCAUCGGCGUCGACCUCUCGCCCAUCCAGCCGGCCUUCGUCCCGCCCAACGUGCACUUCCAGAUCGACGACAUCGAGGAGGAGCCGUGGACGUUCUCGCAGAAGUUCGACUUUGUGUACUCGCGCAUGAUGACCUCGGCGAUUGCGGACUUUCCGAAAAUGUUCCGCCAGUCGUUCGAGAACCUGAACCCCGGCGGGUGGAUCGAGGUCACGGACAUCACGCCGAUUACGUCGGACGACGGCACGCUGACGGAGGAGACGGCGCUGUGGCGGUGGAGCGAUCAGCUGCUCAAGGGCACGCAGGCGGUGGGGCGGUCGUUUGACGGCGCGAAGCUGUAUAAGAAGCAGCUUGAGGAGGCAGGGUUUGUGAAUGUGAGGGAGGUGGUGUUUAAGUGGCCGCAGAAUAGGUGGCCUAGGGAUCCGAGAUACAAGGAGCUUGGUGAGUCGUCGAUUGGAGGAGGCCCUUUUUACGGUGAGAUUCUGGUGUAA